AUGGCUCGCCAGAGAUCAGCCGGCAGGGCUCCUCCUCGCCGCCCCAGCGUUCCCGCCCGCUCGACCCCAGCGCCCACACAGCAGCAGCAGACCCGGCCGGCCACCACCUACGCCCCGACGCAGCAACCCGCCGCGGCGCAAGCACCGGCGUCCCAGGGCCCGGGGCUCAUGGGCCAGAUGGCCAGCACCGCAGCCGGUGUCGCAAUCGGCUCCUCGAUCGGCCACGCCAUCGGCGGCUUCUUCGGCGGCGGCUCCAGCUCCGCGGCAGCCGAGCCGGCGCAGCAGGACAGCGUCUCGGCGCAGAGCCAGCAGCAGAGCUGGGGGGGCGCCACCAACAACUGCGCGGGCGUCACCCAGCAGUUCACAAAGUGCUUGGACGAGCAUGGCGGCAACAUGCAGAUCUGCAACUGGUACCUGGACCAGCUGAAAGCUUGCCAGGCUGCUGCUAGCCCGUACUAA